AUGAUGUCCGAGCAACAGCAACAGAUGAGGUUGGACUUGAGGAAGAGACAUGAUCAUAAUAGCAGAUCAAACCACAUAGAAGAAGAAGAACUUCAAAUUGUUGAUCUAAGUGGGAUGUCUUUGGAGGUCCUCCCUAAUCCUCCUCUCAGUUUAGGAACCAUUUGCAAAUUAGACAUCUCCAACAACAAUCUUCAGAGUAUUCCAGAAUCUUUAACAGCAAGACUCUUGAAUAUGGUUGUGUUGGAUGUGCACUCCAAUCAGCUCAAAUCCCUCCCAAAUUCAAUUGGAUGUUUGUCAAAGCUUAAGAUUUUGAAUGUAUUAGGCAAUAUUCUCCAAUCACUUUUUCGGACCAUCGAAAAUUGUAGCAGCCAGCAAGAAAACUCACGGGUGCGGGUGACUGAGGAAACUGCAGUGCAGGCGGGCAGCAGUGGUGACGUUUCACCUGCAGGGGGACGGCGACGGAUAGUGGUCAGUGGCUCACUGCUCAGAAUCGUAAUUGGGCCUAGUGGACUUGGGAUGUUCAAACACCACCAAUGGCAGCAUCGUUGCAGCGACGAUGUGCGCAGACGAUGCCAUCGUCACUUCGCAACAAUGUCGAGCGACGCUAUUCUGAGAGGCGAUGUCGCUGUAGUGGCGCGAUUUCAGAGUGGCGCUGCUAUGGCGGCAACGUCGUGA